GUCUCUACGUGGGAAGGAGCAGAGAGGAGACAUCAGGUUUACAAAAGUCAUCCCCGUGUGACGGGAGGACUGGGCAGGACCCAGAGCCCCAUCACGGUGCCUCCACCUCAUUCACUGAUACAUUAGAGACACAAUGACCAGAAGAUCCUGGAACUCACCAACAAGAUCAUUCAGCUGCUGACUGGAGAGGAGUGGGAGUAUACAGAGGAACACAGGGGUCUGUACAAGGACGUAUUGAUGGAGAAUCACCGGCCCCUCACAUCACUGGAUGGGCCCAGUAACAGAGAUACCCCAGAGAGAUGUCCCCGUCCUCUGUAUUCCCAGGAUUGUACAGAGGAGAAUCACAGGAUCCCGCAGGAGGAUCAGAGUGAAGAUGUGAUGGAUAUUAAGGUAGAAGAUACAGAGGGAGAAGAAGAGACGUAUGUGACUGAUAUAAAGUCAGAAGAUAUAGAGGGAGACGAAGAGACAUAUGUGACUGAUAUAAAGGCAGAAGCUAUAGAGGGAGAAGAAGAGACGUAUGUGACUGAUAUAAAGGCAGAAGAUAUAGAGGGAGAAGAAGAGAUGUAUGUGACUGACAUAAAGACAGAAGAUAUAGAAGGAGAAGAAGAGACGUAUGUGACUGAUUUGAAGGCAGAAGAUACAGAGGGAGAAGAAGAGAUGUAUGUGACUGAUAUAAAGGCAGAAGAUAUAGAAGGAGAAGAAGAGACGUAUGUGACUGAUAUAAAGGCAGAAGAUAUAGAGGGAGAAGAAGAGACGCAUGUGACUGAUAUAAAGGCAGAAGAUAUAGAGGGAGAAGAAGAGACGCAUGUGACUGAUAUAAAGGCAGAAGAUAUAGAGGGCGAAGAAGAGACGUAUGUGACUGAUAUAAAGGCAGAAGAUACAGAGAGAGAAGAAGAGACAUAUGUGACUGAUAUGAAGGCAGAAGAUGUAAAGGGAGAAGAAGAGACGUAUGUGACUGAUAUAAAGGCAGAAGAUGUAAAGGGAGAAGAAGAGACGUAUGUGACUGAUAUAAAGGCAGAAGAUAUAGAGGGAGAAGAAGAGACGUAUGUGACUGAUAUAAAGGCAGAAGAUAUAGAGGGAGAAGAAGAGACGUAUGUGACUGAUAUAAAGGCAGAAAAUGUAAAGGGAGAAGAAGAGACGUAUGUGAUUGAUAUAAAGGCAGAAGAUAUAGAGGGAGAAGAAGAGACGUAUGUGACUGAUAUAAAGGCAGAAGAUAUAGAGGGAGAAGAAGAGACGUAUGUGACUGAUAUGAAGGCAGAAGAUAUAGAGGGAAAAGAAGAGACGUAUCUGAGGGGAGAUCAACAGUGUAAGGAUCAGAAAAUCCCUACUGAUAUCAGCACAGCAGAUGGAUGUAGCAGCCGGAAUGUCUCAGAGGAUCAUCUCACUUUAUAUCCAGAUGGUGGAAUAGAAGAAAAAUAUGUCCCCCAAGAUUCUCCAGAAGAAAUCUCUCUUACCCCAGUUAUAUAUCCGGCACAUCACCAUGCAGAUAUAUCAUCUGGUUCCUCUGAUAAUGGGGAAUGUUCUGACAACUCUGAUGCAUCUGUUACAGCUCUGAGAGUAGAUACAGUGUUUCCCUCUAAUAUAGAUGCCGAAUGUUCUACACAGAGCACAGAGCCUGUUACCCAUCAGCCACAGAAGAUGCCAUUUCCAUGUUCUGAGUGUGGGAAAUGUUUUAGUUCUAAAUCAAAUGUAUGUAUACAUGAGAGAAUUCACACAGGUGAGAGUCCUUUUCCAUGUUCUGAGUGUGGGAAAUGUUAUACAGAGAAAUCAAGUCUUGAUAGACAUCAGAGACGCCACACAAGUGAGGUGAUAUUUCUAUGUUCUGAAUGUGGGAAAUGUUUUAUACAGAAAUCAGGUCUUGCUAGACAUAAGAGAAAUCACACAGGUGGGAGGACAUAUCCAUGUUCUGAGUGUGGGAAAUGUUUCACUCAAAAAUCAGAUCUUGCUAGACAUCAUACAUGUCACACAGGAGAGAGGCCAUUUCCUUGUUCUGAGUGUGGGAAAUGUUUUAGACAGAAAAUAUUUCUUGUUACACAUCAGAGAAGUCACACAGGUGAGAGGCCAUUUUCCUGUUCGGGGUGUGGGAAAUGUUUUACACAUAAAUUCAGUCUUGUAAACCAUCAGAGAAGUCACACGGGUGAGAAGCCAUUUCUGUGUUCUGAGUGUGGGAAAUGUUUUACACAGAAAUUUUAUCUUGUUAAACAUCAGAGAAGUCACACAGGUGAGAAGCCAUUUCUGUGUUCUGAGUGUGGGAAAUGUUUUACACAGAAAUCACAUCUUGUUAAACAUCAGAGUAGUCACACAAGUGAGAAGCCAUUUUCCUGUUCUGAGUGUGGGAAAUGUUUUAGACAGAAAUCAUUUCUUGUUAGACAUCAUAGAAGUCACGCUGGUGAGAAGUCAUUUCCAUGUUCUGAGUGUGGGAAAUGUUUUAAAAAGAAAUCAGAUCUUGUAAAACAUCAGAGAAGUCACACAGGUGAGAAGCCAUUUUCCUGUUCGGAGUGUGGGAAAUGUUUUACACAUAAAUUCAGUCUUGUAAACCAUCAGAGAAGUCACACGGGUGAGAAGCCAUUUCUGUGUUCUGAGUGUGGGAAAUGUUUUACACAGAAAUUAUAUCUUGUUAAACAUCAGAGAAGUCACACAGGUGAGAAGCCAUUUCUGUGUUCUGAGUGUGGGAAAUGUUUUACACAUAAAUUCAGUCUUGUAAACCAUCAGAGAAGUCACACAGGUGAGAAGCCAUUUCUGUGUUCUGAGUGUGGGAAAUGUUUUACACAGAAAUUAUAUCUUGUUAAACAUCAGAGAAGUCACACAGGUGAGAAGCCAUUUCUGUGUUCUGAGUGUGGGAAAUGUUUUACACAGAAAUUAUAUCUUGUUAAACAUCAGAGAAGUCACACAGGUGAGAAGCCAUUUCUGUGUUCUGAGUGUGGGAAAUGUUUUACACAGAAAUUAUAUCUUGUUAAACAUCAGAAAAGUCACACAAGUGAGAAGCCAUUUCCAUGUUCUGAGUGUGGGAAAUGUUUUACACAGAAAUCACAUCUUGUUAAACAUCAGAGUAGUCACACAGGUGAGAAGCCAUUUUCCUGUUCUGAGUGUGGGAAAUGUUUUACACAGAAAUCACAUCUUGUUAAACAUCAGAGUAGUCACACAGGUGAGAAGCCAUUUUCCUGUUCUGAGUGUGGGAAAUGUUUUAGACAGAAAUCAUUUCUUGUUAGACAUCAUAGAAGUCACACUGGUGAGAAGUCAUUUCCAUGUUCUGAGUGUGGGAAAUGUUUUAAAAAGAAAUCAGAUCUUGUAAAACAUCAGAGAAGUCACACAGGUGAGAAGCCAUUUUCCUGUUCUGAGUGUGGGAAAUGUUUUACACAGAAAUCACAUCUUGUUAGACAUCAGAGAAGUCACACAGGUGAGAAGCCAUUUCCAUGUUCUGAGUGUGGGAAAUGUUUUACACAGACAUCAAAUCUUGUUAAACAUCAGAGAAGUCACACAGAUGAGAAGCCAUUUCCAUGUUCUGAGUGUGGGAAAUGUUUUAAAAAGAAAGCAGAUCUUGUAAAACAUCGGAGAAGUCACACAGGUGAGAAGCCAUAUUCCUGUUCUGAGUGUGGGAAAUGUUUUACACAGAAAUCACAUCUUGUUAGACAUCAGAGAAGACACACAGGUGAGAAGCCAUUUCCAUGUUCUGAGUGUGGGAAAUGUUUUACACAGAAAUCACAUCUUGUUAAACAUCAGAGAAGUCACACAGAUGAGAAGCCAUUUACAUGUUCUGAGUGUGGGAAAUGUUUUACACAGAAAUCAUAUCUUGUAAAACAUCAGAGAAAACACAGAUGAGAGACUAUUUCCAUGACAUGAGUAAGUGGAGUUACUCAGAUGAUACUUUGUGUGUUUGCAAGUGACAGUAUUUUAUUCAGUAAGCAUAGUGGUGCUCAUUCAGGUGCAGUUCUUGCUGCUGCCGUUGACAUUUUUUGCCAUCUGCAAUUGUGAUUAUAUGGUAGUAUGGGCAGAAGGUAACCUGAGCAUAGGGACGUCCACUGCUGUCACAUCACUUCCAUCCAGCAGCGUAUAAUUGCUGAUACAUUGGUACCAUCAUCACAAGUCAGGUCAUGUUGUUGAGUUUUGCCUCUGCAGAUGCUCAGGAGGAACUGAUCUCCCAGGGUUCUGAGGGCUCUCCAGUAGCAAGUAAGAUCGCAACUGCUAUUUUAUGUCCACCCCGAAAAUGGCGUCUGAAUGGCAAUGACACACCUAUGUUUACCCGCCCACUCCCAAUUCCCACCCCCAAACACUGUUUAUCUGUCACGCACUUUACGACUAAUAUCUUGGUAUGACCGCCAUCACAAUUCACUCACUGUGCAUGCACAGUAAGAAAUCCGGCCAAUGUUUGUACAGUGGUGGUCAUUCCGAGUUGAUCGCUCGCUAGCAGUUUGCCGCCGCCCACUGGGAGUGUAUUUUAGCUUAGCAGAAGUGCGAACGAAAGGAUCGCAGAGCGGCUACAAAAUAAUUUUGUGCAGUUUAACAGUAGCUCAAAACCUACUCAGCGCUUGCGAUCAUUUCAGACCAUUCAGUUCCCGAUUUGACAUCACGAACACGCCCUGCGUUCGCCCAGCCACGCCAGUGUUUUUCCUGGCACGCCUGCGUUUUCCAAACACUCCCUGAAAACGGUCAGUUGACACCCAGAAACGCCCACUUCAUGUCAAUCACUCUGCGGCCAGCAGUGCGACUGAAAAGCUUUGCUAGACCCUGUGUUAAACUACAUAGUUCAUUGUAAUAGUACAGGGGUGGCCAACCAGUCAGAAACAAAGAGCCCAAAAUUUUGUUAGGCACGUCAAAGAGCCGACAUUGAGCCGCAGGCGCACAUGCAAAAAUGGGGUGUGGCCUUGUGCCUGCUAGGCCACGCCUCUGAUAUAAAAAUUCAUUUAAAAAACCAGAUCCACAUAUAAUACAUUUUUAAAGCCAGAUACAACAUAAAAUACAUUUAAAAAGCCACUUCCACAUAGAACAAUUAAGAAAGAAAGAUCCACAUAAAAUAUAUUGAAAAAUCCAGAUUCACAUGAUACACUUCAGCUCCCCCAUGUGUCACUCCAGCCAGUACCCUGCUGUGUCACUCCAGCCAGCACCCUGCUGUGUCAGUCCAGCCAGUACCCUGCUGUGUCACUCCAGCCAGCUACCUCAUGUGUCACUCCAGCCAGUACCCUGCUGUGUCACUCCAGCCAGCUACCUCAUGUGUCAUUCCAGCCAGUACCCUGCUGUGUCACUCCAGCCAGCUACCUCAUGUGUCACUCCAGCCAGUACCCUGCUGUGUCACUUCAGCCAGCUACCUCAUGUGUCACUCCAGCCAGUACCCUGCUGUGCCACUGCAGCCAGCUACCUCAUGUGUCUCUCCUGCUAGCACACUCCGACAGUCUGUCACUCCAGCCAGCUCCCCCAUGAGUCACUCCUGCCAGCACUUUCCUGUGUCACUCCUGCCAGGACCCUCAUAUGUCACUACCGCCCCGCCCCCCCAAAAAAAACUACAAACACCUCGUGCCACUGCAGCAGCCCCUUAUGUGUCCUCUGUUUGACAGUGGGUGUCUCACCUCAAGUAUCUGGCUCUCUCAGUUCUCAGUCCCCGUAGUGCUGCUGUUGACUGGCUGGAGUGCAGAGUGUGGUCACGUGCUUUUGAGCGUCGGGAGGCACAUUUGAAUAAAGAAAGAGCCGCAUGAGGCUCAAGAGCCACAGGUUGGCCACUGCUGUAAUAGUACGUUGCACGUGCGCAUUGUGCCGCAUAGGCAUGUGCAGAAGUGCCUUUUUUUUGCAUCAUCGCUGCACAGCAAACGAAUGCAGCUAGCGAACAACUCGGAAUGGUCACCAAUGGGACCGCACCUGAAUGAGCCUCAGUUUGUCUCCUGUCACUGUCUCUUCAUUGACCUAAUUAUUUUACUAAUAUGAUAAACUAUCACAAUGAAAUCAUAAAAUCUCUAAAAUAAACAUGGUGGAUUACAGUAAAAGCAUA